UGUUUACUUUUUCUGUAGGUCGAGUUGAUACACACAGUGGAAUAUACUCUAGCACUUGUAGCUUUCGUUUGACACCGGUUCUUGGCCAUCAAGAAACUUACCUUUAAUUUGUAGCUUUGACAUUUAACAAUUAGUUUUGAAACCCAGUUAACAGAGCUUCCUUGUUAUUUAUUUCGACUGAUGUAAACACGACAUGAACAUUACAUUUCCUUGAAACAGUCGACUAUUUCCAAAGAUGGUAGCAUGACGAAAUUGUUUAUAUAACAAGCUUUGGUUUAUGCAAAUGACACGCGACACAAUUCGUAUGAUUAGUCAGUGCAAGUAACUGACUAGCUAGUGUGAGAAUGGGUUGACAUGGACUGCAGUACAAACCUAGUGUAAUGUUUUCUCAGGCUGACUCCAUUUAGUAUUCGUUGAACUUUGGAACUGGCGGUGACGUCAAAGACUGACCGUGGGCUAUAAAACAGCAGGUCACAUCCUGGCUAGCGUUUGAACGGCGAGGGCAAGCUUAACAAUAGAGUAGUGAGGAAUCGUGUGCGCCUGUCAUAGGUUUGUCUGGCAGCUGAGCCCAGACGCGGGAGAUGUAGCGACGUUUACACUCUAUUCGUGAGCCGGGUCACGCGCAUGGAUUAUUCAUUAAAGACUUGACAGCUUUUCAUCUGGCCGUAUUUCAUCGUAGACACUUGUUCUGGGCGGUAUGCUGGCCGCCUUGAUUGGAGCUUGACCACGAGCAAGGGCGAGCACAGUGCAGACAGUGGCCGGGGGAAGAUGCUCGUCUGGCGACAGGUACUGGUGGGGUUGCUUCGUGCUCUGCCUUUAGUGCUGGUCGCUGUCGGGGAACCUUUCUACCAGCGGAGGGACCAUCUGGACCAGGACAAUUACCUCAGCACCAGCAAUGAAAACAUCGUGAGAGACAGGACAGACGCAGAGUAUGUCCUAUCCAAGUACGGCUACCUACUCUGCCAAGGUAACCGCCAGAAGCGAGAAUCGUCCAGUUACUUCCAAGGUCUGCGCGGGCUGAGUGAAGGUAGUGGCGUGGGCUGCGACGAGCGGGCCGUGAAGACGGCCAUCCAGACCUACCAGAGGACGUACAACCUGCCCGCCACGGGCGAGCUGGACGACCAGACCAAGUCCCUCAUGAGCACGUCGCGCUGCGGUAACUUGGACAGUGAAAGGAAGGCCAAACGAGGGACAGACCAGGACGCUGGUAUCAAAAGUAGAGCCUCCACGGCUGAUGGCGAAGACAACCGCACACAACUGCAACAUUCGAGGUUGUCCAAACGAUCAACUCGAGGCAAAAGCCAAUUGAUUCACAUUUUGUCGGGGGAAAAAUCAAAAGCUCGUUCACAAGAGUACAAGAAAAGACAUUUAGAGGAUUAUAUUGCAAAAAUUCGGAGUGAAGCCAAAGGGGAAAAACGUAUCCUCCAUCGAUACACACCCGCAGAACGGAAAAGACGAUCCGUUCAUGUGUGGGCCAGAAAAGGCCUGCCCUUGGGUAAAUACCUGGGUGAGAAUGGUGAAAUCUUUAACAAAAAAGUUGUCCGAUGGCGGGUGCUGACCACUGGUUUCAGCACCCGCAUUCCAGUGGAAGACCAGAGGGCAACGAUAGAUCUGGCUUUCCGCAUGUGGAGUGAGGUCAUUCCCAUGCGCUUUACAGAGGACAACAAGGGACACAUCAACGACAUUGAUAUUGAAAUCGCUUUUGGAAAAGGCUCCCACGUGGACUGCCUGCACGACUUUGACGGCAAUGGUGGGGAGAUCGCCCACUCCUGGAGCGCUGGCAACAUGCACUUUGACGACGAGGAAAACUUCAAGUCCAUUCGCUCCCACACUAAAGACGGCAUCUAUCUGUUGAGGGUGGCCGUCCACGAGAUCGGUCACGUGCUGGGCCUGUCCCACACCAACAAAUCGCAGUCCAUCAUGUACGCCAUCUACCACUCGGAGAUCCUGGACCCUCAGUUUGAGCUCACCAAGGACGACAGGCGAGACAUACAAGCUAUCUAUGGUGUUUGCACAGGAAAAUUUAGCACAGUAUUUGAUUGGGUGCGGGUUCGUGCCGAUAACGAGCUGAUCUACAACACGUACUUCUUCCGUGAGAACCACUAUUGGAUGUAUGACAACCACAACAACAGAACCAGAUAUGGAGACCCGCUCUUUAUUGCUCGCGAGUGGGACGGGGUACCUGAUAACCCUGAUGGCUAUGUGCAAUUUACUCCCUAUUUCUCUUAUUUUUUUAAAGGUGAAUACUACUACAAGUAUGACAGCUCUAAAGAUCAUGUUGUGGCUGGAUGGCCUAGGAAAAUUAGUGAGGACUUUGGACCAAAAGCUGGCCUAACUGAAAGUGUUCCUGACCAUCUUGAUACUGUCUUCUAUGACUUGAGGGAUAAAAAUAUUUACUUUUUCAAGGAUGCAGAUGUCUAUGUGUACAAAGCCAACGCCCCAGAGGCAGAAAGAGGCUGCUGUGUGAGGAAGAAUAAAAUAGUUGAUGAAUUUCCUUCUGAACCUGGCCACAAAGCUCUCCCUGCCAACUUGGACGCUGUGUAUUAUUCCUUUCGGGAUCAAAUGAUGUACUUUUUCAAAGGGGAAGAGCUGUGGCGGAAUAAACUCUAUGACCUUCGUCACACAACUAUUCAAAAUAAGAUCGAAUAUCUAGGCAAUUGGUGGAAUAAAUGGGUAGACAUUUGUGAUGUCAUUGUGACGUAAGGACAGGACCAGGGUCAAGGUGCCAGAACACGUGACCUGGUGAUGUGGGGGCUACACAAGCUGGCGUAUUGUGAUACAGACAGGCCACCAGCUGGCCAUGUCUGCUUACAUACAGACAGACCUUUGUCUGCUUACAUCCAGACUUUAUUGUGUCUGCUUACAUACAGACAGACCUUUGUCUGCGUACAUCCAGACUUUACCGUGUCUGCUUACAUACAGACAAACCUUUGUCUGCGUACAUCCAGAUAAACCUUUGUCUGCUUACAUACAGACAGACCUUUGUCUGCUUACAUCCAGACUUUACUGUGUCUGCUUACAUCCAGACUUUACUGUGUCUGCUAAUAUUCAGACAAGUCAGUGAUUGAUGACAUCCAGACAAACUUUUGCUUACACCCAGACAAAUUUGUCUGCUUACAACCUGAUGUCUUUUAGCUUGGCCACUCAUCUUGUAUGUAGUGCAUAGAAUGAUGUUCUUGUAUAUAAUAAGAUUAGACUGACAGCAUUAAAACUUGACAGUUUCUCUUAAAACUUAUCAAACAGCUUAUCCAAAACUGAUAACCUAACCCCAUUUGGACAAUGACUGACAACUCCAUCACUGACACAAACGAGAGUAUCCUUAAAAUGACUGACAAACUCCAUUUAGACACUGAGACAAAAAAUCUUGAGUAUCUUUGGAGACUUGUGAAUGGGACAGAAGCCACAGCCUAUCAAUCAUUCAUUCAUGUCAUGCUCCAUUGGUUUUGCUUUUUUGAAGAUACUGUGCACAAAGUUUUCCAUUGCAUUUAUUUGAGUAAUUAUUUUUUUAUAAACCAGGUUGUUGAAAAACUACAUGUAUAUAAAUAUAUAUAAAAUAUGCUAUAUUUUUAUAUAUGUUUAUAUCUAGAUUUGAAUGUAUAUAUCUACACACAUCUGGAACAUUCCUACAUUCACAACACAUGUAACAAUCAGUACUUGUGUUCUACACUCAAACCACUCAUAAAACUGGCAGUCUCAGCCAGUCAUAGCUACCACACUAAAUACAACAGACAGACAACCAAAUGCAUGCUCAAUGAAUAGACCAAGUAAAGCUACAGAAUAAAGCACCCUUUUAUAGCACUAGAUUAGCCAAAUGCGCACACACAGACACACACAAACACAGCUCAUACAAUUGUCUAGUUGCUUGACUAUAUUUUAUCAUGGGAGGCUGUUGGUCUUGAUGUCUUGGACACCUGGACAGUGACCUAGUACAGGUGACCUCAAAUAUUUGAUGUCUUCAAUGGCUACUCACCUCUCGUGUUGGUAUUUGCCCUCUAGUAGGAUCACAUAGGCAGAUCAUUAGUCGAUAUGUUAUCAAUCACUUGCUGUACAUAUCCAAAAACUAAAGUUGACCCUAUUACUCCAUUUACUAGAUUUUUCUAGGUAUUUCUCUCACAGUUUAUCUUUGCUUACACACGCUUCAUGUUUCAUAACUGUCGUGUGCCUCUUAUACAACAGUCUCUUUCUCUACGUUUUGAGGACCCUCCUCCCCCUUAAUCCUCCCAUUUUAUCUAUUAUUUGAGAACUACAUUAUUUCUUUCAUGCUAAAUCUAUUUUUAGAACCCCAUCAACCUGACACAACCUCUAUUUUGUGAGAAACCCCAUUAAUACUCCAGUCUAUUCCUCUAAUCUUUGAGAACCUCUUAUCAAUCUUCCAGUCUAUUCCUCUAAUCUUUGAGAACCUCUUAUCAAUCUUCCAGUCUAUUCCUCUAUUUCUUGAGAACCUCUUACCAAUCUUCCAGUCUAUUCCUCUAUUUCUUGAGAACCUCUUAUCAAUCUUCCAGUCUAUUCCUCUAUUUCUUGAGAACCUCUCAUCAACCCAGUCAAAAAAAAUGGUUGGCCAAUGGUGCACAUCCCAUAUCUUCCAGCCAGCCAAAUUUUUUUCUCUAGCUCUUUAAUUUUUUUUUUCAUUUCAGAAUUGGGGUUGUGGUAAUAUUAUUCCAAUCUUUUUCAUUUGUUUCACUCUACUAAGACUUAUUUAUAAAGUAUCAUUUUCAGCAACCAGAAUACAAAGCCACAUAACAUUACACCACAUGACACCACCUAGCCACAUGACAAUUUCAUGCCACUACAUGAUAGCACAUAGCCAGAUCUAGGUAACCCCCAUAGAACACAACAGCACAUAAUCUUACACUACAAUAGCAGACCAGAACCACUAGUGGAGCAGCUCAUCAUGUGAUU